AUGCGUUCCGCCGCCAUCCUCCUCGCACUCGUCGCCGGCGCCGGGAGCGCCGCGUUGGCCGCCGGCGGCCACGUCGACUCGGACGCCGUCCUCGCAGAGGCCGAGAAAAGGUACAAAAAAAUGGCGGAAACGAUGGCCUCAUACUCGCGGACGCGGGAAAAAGGCCUGAAAGCGCCAGCGCGUGAGGUCCUGGCCCUGUCCCGCUUCCUCGACCUCGGCGCGGGCGACGCCGCCGCGCGCAAAACGGCGCGGCGGUACAUCGCCAAGACCGCGCAGGCUUUCGCGGCCGCGUGCGUCCCGCGCGGCCGCGUGUCGUACGCGGAGAAUCGGACAAUGCGCGGGUGGCCCGUCGUGAUCGGGAAAGAGCCCGAGUUCGAGUCCUACCAGUUCGGCUACGUGGCGGGGGCCGUGGCCGCGGGCGCGAGACACGCGUACGCGUCCGGCGACGUCGAGAAAGCGUCGCUUCUGGUCGCGGCCGUCGUCGGCGCCUUCGAGGACGGGUUCCUGACGUCGGACCCGGAGAGGACCAAGGUCGACAAGGGCGUCGUCGUCUUCGUGCCGCGGCGCGCGUCCGCCGGCCGCCGGAGGCGCUACGCCGAGGUCCACGGCAGCGACGAGGGCGGGUGCCUCGCGGGGCCCCAGGCGCUGAACCACGGCCUCUCUGCCGCGACGGGGGCGAUUCACCUCCUGCGGGCCCUCGCGGCGGCGCCGGACGCCGACGAGGCCCUCGUCGAGAGGCUCCGGGGCUACGUCCUCGGCGUCGCCCGGUUCUUCAACCAAAAUCUGAUCAGCCGGCGCGCUGGGUGCCAUUUAAACGCUAAGUGA